CCCUGUCAUCACUCAUCUCCUCAUCUGUUGUUUUUGUUUUGUCUAUACUUGUGCGUUUUAAAAUAUUAUUAAGAAAUAUUCUGAAUUCAUAAAAUCCUACUCUAUUAUUAUUAUUAUUUAUAUUAUGGAAUUCAAAUUUCCAGCCUUUUAAUUCAAAGUAGACCUGUUAAAUUGGUUUACAAAUAAUUUUAAAAUCUUACAAAAAACUUCGACCAGCUUGUUCUAAGAUUUUAGGUUAGGUUGCAAAAUACGCAAUGGACAAGUUGAGAAGGGUCUUGAGCGGAGAUGACAAUGCUGAUGAUGAUAGCACAACUGGGAUAAUACCUGAUUUAUCAGCGAAUAGUCUAAGCUGGUCUACAAGAGUCAAAGGAUUUGCUGUCUGUUUUGUAUUAGGAAUAUUUAUCUCAUUACUGGGGUCACUGUCUCUCUUCCUGCAUCGUGGAGUCGCACAUUUCGCAUUCUUUUAUACUAUUGGCAACAUUGUAUCCAUGUUAAGUACAUGCUUCCUGAUGGGUCCAGUGAAUCAGAUCAAAAAGAUGUUUGCAGAAACGAGGAUUAUAGCCACUGUUUUGAUGCUUGUUAUGCUUCUCCUGACUCUAUAUGCAGCAAUAGGGCUGAAGAAUGCAGGACUGACGUUCAUAUUUCUCGUUCUGCAGUGGCUUGCAAUGACAUGGUAUUCACUGUCUUACAUACCCUAUGCUCGUGAUCUUGUGAAGAAGACACUGAAUACCUGUGUUGUAUGAUAAUCUCCAGUAGGUUUAGCAAAAUAUUAACCAAUUAUCAACAUUCCUUGGCCUUACAUCAAUACUUUUAUGUCUACUUCGACUAUUUUCUGUUUCUGUGACUUAUUCAAGAGCUAUGUAAUUAUUCCAUAUAUUAUCUAGCAACCGGGGCUGGCGAAUUGAAAAUAAACAUGCAAUACUGAGAGAUUAUGUAACUGGAAGAGGUCGAGGGUAUGCAAGGAGUUAUAAUACUUAUAUGAACUUUCUUCUACUUCGACUUAUCCCAAAUAAUCUGAAUGUUUUUAAUGACGUAUAAACUUAUUGUUUUCCGAUGCAAUUCAGGUUUUAGAAGUUGUAAUCUCUUUAUUAAGUUUUUUUUUUGUCAAACAUAAAUUUUUGUCAUUAAAACGACAUUGGAACCUGGAAUAAUAUUUAUUUAGUUAUAGUUUUUGUAUUAAUGUCUUCUAACUUGAAUUCCAUAGUGUAUGGGCUUCAUCCAGUUUUUAGUUUUUUUCUUGUAUCAAAUGGAAACACUCUUAAGACGAGUUGCACAGAAAUCCAAUCAGAACUAAUUAGUAUAAAAUGAUGUAAUCCAACGGAACCAAGGCAACGAGAAUCAUGAAUGAAACUGACGUUAAUGCUAUGCGUCAUUUAACGGUGGUUUAAUUUCGAUUUUUGUACAACUUACCUAUAGCCGAUUGUUUUCUUUUACAAUAUUAUGGCUUUUUCAUGAAAUUGCGAUUUAUUCAUUGAAAAGUUUUAUUAAUUUUAUGCUACACAAGGUCUAAUCAUCAUAAUUUGUUUUUUUUAAAUAAUAAUUGUUUAAUAUAACAGCUUUCAAGUGCUUGGUGAUGUGUAUUCAAAGUGUUCAUAUAUUCGACUGUUUGGUCAGAGUUUCAGUAUUUUAUGGGGAUUUUGUCUUCCAUUAGAAUGUCAUUAGUAUGAAGUGUGUAAAGAACUUAUCGAUACCUUAUAUUCUAUUUAAACCGAAUUGGUGUCCCUCUCAUUGGAUCAUCCAAAGAAAAGUGCCUUUUCUGGUAGUUCAAAAACCAAAUUAAUGAUAAAUCUCUUUUAAUUGUAUUUUUGUACUUAAUAAGGAUGUAAAUAAUUACAAAAUAUUAUAAUAUAUAGUUCUUCUUAUUAAUUGGAAGUUUAUAACUCUACUUAGUACACUCAGCAAAAGUGGUGAGUCUUGAAAUCAAACCAGAUCCCAUAAAUUCAAAAUCUGGAAUCAAAAAUAUGGAAAUAUGAGUUGAUAGAUGUAAAUGGAAAUAAAAUAGAUUAUCAGUUUCGAGUACCGUAUGUAUUGAAAUCGAAUUAAUAAUUUGCUAAUUAUUUGCUGAUACAAUUUUUCCUCUAGUGCAAAUUAUUGUAUUUUUAAAAUCAUUAUAAUUUAUAGUAUAAUCUAGUAGUCUAUAAUAAUUUGUCUCUGGAACGUUUCAUGAUUCUCUUUGUUCAAGUGCCGGUCGUACAAAAGCCUGUUAGAUUUUAAUCUUGAUUAAACUCCACGGCUUCACCAAUCGGAGCUUUUUCUGAUUUGUUCUCGUGGCAUUCAAUCAUGAUUAAAACUUAACAGGACUUUGUGCUACCGAGCCUAAGUAUGCUUAUUAAAUGAGUGCAUUCAAGCUUCAAACCAGCUCCCACUGUACAGUAUCAUAAAGGGCUAGAAGUCCAGUUGUUAGGAUUCGGAUAGAAGAAUUUAGCUACAGUGCUCUGCAAACCAUAUUUUGCCAUUAUUACGAGUACAAACAAAUUGAGUUCAGUUCAAGACAUGCUACUUUUUUGAGUGCUCAUCAAAAGUAUAUAGGAGUAUCAUUUUUCAAAAUAAGUAUUUCUUUUUUGAAAAUGAAAGGCUAGUUAUAGCAUAGGUGAUUACAAUUUACACUACGGAUAAAUACUUAUUUAUUAUUUUAAUGCAACUGAUUCAGCAGUAUGUAAUUGACUUACCAAAUGUAAUGUUAAUAUUAGCAUGAUUUACAUUGAUAGAUAGGACUACUAUCAUGGUUAUCAUGUAACAAGUCAAUCAUUCAUUUUAUAAGUUAUGGUAUUAUGAACGUUAAAAUAUUUAGAAUUACGUAUUUUAAUAAUGUAUUGUUAUGUUAUUGAUUUUCAUCCUAUCUCUGAAUAAAAUGCAAUAUUAAUUCUAA